AUGACUCAAACUUUAUAUUUCAGCGUUCUUCUCAUCGCGCUCUGUUCAUUAUCUGAAUGCAUUCAGCGCCGCUAUCACCACAUAAACAUGAAUAAGACCUGGACUGAAGCUCAGAGAUACUGCAGAGAAAACUACACAGAUCUGGCCACAGUCAACAACAUGAACGACAUGAAUCAACUGAUGAAGAGUGUGGAUAACAGUCUGACUAGACUUGUCUGGAUUGGACUGAAUAGAUCAAGUGUUUAUAAAUGGAAGUGGUCUCUGGGUGAUCCUGUGAAAUAUACAAACUGGUAUAGAGACUUAAUGGAUAUGUUCAUUAGAGAAUCUGAGGAAAGAUUGAAUAAGCAGUAUUUUAAAAUAAUGCCUUAUAGUGACUCUUCUUCUUUUUCCUCCUGUGAUGUAUGUGACCUGAGUGGACCUGGCAAUGUGGGUCGCACUUCCAGUCUCCUGUACACCCAAACCCUCUCCGAAAACAAUCAAUUACCUCCGAAGCCGGCAUCACCCCCAUACGAUGAACAGCAAAAUGGAGCAGUCGGAGGAGCCCCGUGCUGCCAACUACACCGAUACCCCCUGCCGAUCUCUAUGUCAACACUGUGGCUGCACGGGACUCCUACGUGCAAACAACAAGAUGGAGAGACUGUGAGUAAUUUCCUGGCAAGAUUAGAAAAAGACUUUGAGAGACAUUCUGGCAUAACUGCAAAAAUGCCCAAUAAUGAACCCCACCCAGCGUACAGUAUGCACUUGCCAAUGUACUUCAUGAGAAAUCUAGAUAUUGAACUGUCUGAACCUAUCAAAGCUACCCUGGACGGGGGGAAAACGGCCACAUUGGAGGAAGUGGUGAGACAUGCGGAACACCACGAGAAGAGACUUAAACAAGAACGCCUCAAAAAGAACAGGGAGGCACAAGAUAUGAAUUUCACCAUGAUGCAAUGCACCCUUAACGAUCGACAACAACAGGAUCGUAACUCCGGUUUUCCAACACUUAACCCGCAGGGGAGAGGCGGCCACAGAGGAAGGGGCAGGGAUUUUAUGUCACCAGAAGAUUUGCACUGCACAGCUCAUGUCACCUGGGAAAUCAAAGCAGAUUACCAAGCGGCGUGGGCACAGCAGUCUGGUGAUCAGUUGACCACAAAUUGGUUGUACUGGAAUGGGGCCUGGGCUGCAUUGAGUGUGAUGCUUCCUAAAUGUGCUUCUAUGUUGUAUGAUGUUGCAAAUGCUGGUCCUUACAUAUCACUGGCCAAAGCUACUGAUAUGAAAGGGAGUAUGUGUGCGGAGAACCGCAUACCAGAGCUAUUCUCUGCGAAAGCGCAGGGAAUAGCAGCGCAGCGACAGUUGGCAGCACACAUGGGGUGGAUCGGUCCACGAUGCCACUCCAUCAGUGGGCCACAGAUAAGUAUAAUGUGGAUCCUACGUAUUAGUAUUAUUUUUCCACGACAAGACUCAAAUGGUCCAGAUGAUUGUGUUUAUAUGAGAGAUGGAUCAUGGCGUCAUCAGGACUGUAAUACGAACAUGAGAUUCAUCUGCUAUAAUGAGAGCAGUAAAGGAUUCAUCAUUGAUGGUUCUUCAGUAUCAUGGAGAGACGCUCAGAUCUUCUGCAGACAGCAUCAUACUGAUCUGACCAGUGUGAGGAAUCAGACUGAGAAUCAACAGAUUCAGAAGAUCAUGAAUGACAAACACAUAUCUGAAGUCUGGAUUGGUCUGUUCAGUGACUCAUGGGAGUGGUCAGAUGAGAGCAAAUCUGGAUUCAGAUACUGGAGGUCUGAUCAACCUGAUAAUCGUGGUGGUUCUGAAGAUUGUACAGCAGUCAGUGUGACAGAGCAGGCUCAAUGGCAUGAUGCGCCUUGCAGUUUCUCUCAGACCUUUGUGUGUCAUGAAGAUAAUCUGAUAUUGAUCCAGAUGAAUCUGAGCUGGUCUGAAGCUCUGAGAUACUGCAGAGAGAAUCAUGUGGAUCUGGUUUCAGUUGAUUCAGAGGAGAUUCAGUUCAUGGUGACUAAAGUGAUUCAUCAGUCCUCUACUGAAGCCGUGUGGAUGGGGUUACACUAUUACUGCCAAAUGAACCUCUGGAUCUGGAUACGAGGAGAGGCCGUGUGCUAUCAGAAUUGGGCCCCAGGGAACGGAACAAAACUGAUGAACUGCAACACUGAACACAGAGCUGGAGCAGUUCAGUCUGGAGAAGAUCAUCUCUGGAUCAGCCUUCCUCAAUCUCAACAACUCAACUUCAUCUGCAGCAGAUAUUAACUCUUUCCCCGCCAUUGACGAGAUAUCUCGUCAAUUAAGAAUAAACUUCCUUUUUGUUCUUUUUUCAUUUUCUGGUUUUCAUUUAGUUUUGUUCUUUAGCAGUAGGGUUCAUUUAUAAACACAUAACAGAUUAAAUACAACAUUAUGCCUUAGUUUAGAAUCAUUUCAGGUAUACAAAAAAGGUUUCUAUGUUAAUCUCGUGACACAAUUUCUUUUCUUAUGUUUCUUUAAUAACUGUUGAAUUAUAUGAAAUGAAUGUGUUAGUUAUAUUUUGGGAGUGGGUUAAAGUUCAUGAUAUUUACUCAUCAGAUGUCACUUCUGUUCUGUUUCAUGUGUGAUUUA